AUGGACAGGUACAAAAAAAGUAGAUCGGAAUUUCAAUCAAAAGAACGUAGUCGAAGUCGUUCUCCUAGAAACGAGAGAAGAAAAGAUUCUACCCAUUCUAGAGAUGCUAAGGGCAGCUCGCUUUUUGAAGGAAAAAGAAGAAUUAGUUCUAGCAGUUCUGACGACGAUACUACUCAUCCAGAAACAACAUCUUUUAAGAGUUCUACGACUUCUAAAAAUGCUCCAAUCACCUUAAAACCAACAACAAUUUCAAAAACACCUGGAAUUCGAUUAAAAUUAAAUACUGCUAUUAAAAAGACUACAACUCCGAUUUCCAAGCCAUCUGUAGCAAGUGCAUUUAAUGAUGACAGUGAUGAAGAUAUCGAAGAAAUGCCAGCUGAAUGUAAAAUGAGAAUGCGAAACAUUGGAAAAAAUACACCAACAAGUUCAGGUCCAAACUCAUUUGGGAAAACAAAAUUAGGAUUUGUCGACAGUAAGAAAAUAUUUGAAAAGAAAAUGCAACAAAUGCUUAAGGACAUGAGUGAAUAA